AAAUGAAAAGUGGGUGUGCCGUCGUAAAAGUGUCCCCUCGGUCGUCGGUGAUACCAAACAUUUUUGUUAUCUCGCUAUCUCUAGUCGAAUCUUUCCUGUUUUCUCGGAAUUCGCCGCGACAUUUCGACCGAAUCGCAAUUCCGAGGCGCGAUCAUAUUUAAUGAGUGAAUUAGAAUUAGCGUCCUGGCCGAAAGUCUCGAUGGAACUCGCAAAUUGAGAAGUGUCUCAAGAUCACAAGACCACUCGGCCCCCGUUCUUCGUCAUUUUAUAAAUGAUGACCAGCAUGGAGCCGAGGGUGACCCACCCUCGUAGCACCAACCCCGUGUAUAAAUCGUGCCAGAACUGCUUCUUGCUGGUCAAGUGGGUGCCGGUUUUGUUCAUCAUGUCCAUCAUUGCUUGGUCCUACUACGCGUACGUCUACCAACUCUGUUUCCUUACUGUGAAUACUGUUCUGGAGCAGAUAGUGUAUUUGGCCGGUUACCACUUUGUUUUUGUGAUAUUUAUGUGGUCCUACUUUCAAACAAUUUUCACUGAUGUCGGAGGAGUUCCUCCUGAGUUCAAACUUCCGCAAUCACUUUUUGAUAGACUGAAUCAAGCCGAUUCCGAGGGUACCUCUCGGCAGCUGCUGGACAGCUUUGCCAGAAACUUGCCCAUCAGCAACACGACAAUGAACGGAGCUGCCCGAUAUUGCGAGAAGUGCUACCAUGUAAAGCCUGACCGGACACACCACUGCAGUGUGUGUCGGAAGUGCGUGCCUAAAAUGGACCAUCACUGUCCUUGGGUCAACAAUUGUGUGGCCUUCAAGAACUACAAGUACUUUGUGUUGUUUCUCGGGUACGGCCUCCUGUACUGCGUUUUCAUCAGCCUGACCAGCCUCCAGUAUUUUAUUGCAUUUUGGAAGUUCACAUCACAGGGCAACCUCGAUGGAAUGGGCAAGUUCCACAUUCUGUUCCUGUUUUUCGUCGCAGUAAUGUUUGCCAUCUCGCUGGGCUCGCUAUUUUCAUACCACUGCUACUUGAUCACCAAAAACAGAUCAACCCUCGAAUCGUUCAGAGCUCCGGUAUUUCACUCGGGGCCUGACAAGGACGGGUUCAGUUUAGGGCGCUACAACAAUUUCCAGGAGGUGUUUGGAGAUAACAAAGCCCUCUGGUUCCUGCCUGUUUUUACUAGUAUGGGGGAUGGCCUGAAAUUCCCAAUAAGAUCACAGACCAGUAUGUACGAAGCAAUGGGCAUUACCCAGCAAAGUCUUGGCGACGGAGUAACUUUUCCACAACGCUGCCUCGAUGAGGAUUCGCAGCAGCUGUUAGCUUCUAACCAAAGGUGGUCGGAUACUGAGUCGCCACCAACUCAAAGGCAUCAGGUCACAGAACUGGACGUGAGAAUACUGUAAUUGAAAUGCCUCCGCCCUGUGUGUGAUCUCUCUGCCUAAUCACGAGUGACAAGGAUCAAUAUUUACAAACAAUACACACCCUAUACCAGAAGACAACCAACUUCAAGACUUUCACCCGGAACUAAUGGUAGAAGAUACUGCAUUCUGCUUACUCGAGCUCAAAGUAAAAUCCCUCUGAUUUUCAGCAAAACCAAAUAUUUCUAUCCAAACAUAAUUUCUCGUAACUUUGUUUCAAGUUGAUUAGUUUUACAUUCCGACCAAAAAGGUGAAUUCUAUUGUUGAAGGCAUUUUGAGGCGCAUUGAUCCGAAGCACAAAUUUGUGGGAAAUCCUUCACCCCUUCUGUCACUUCAAACUCUUGCUUUUAUAUUUUAAGUUUUGAUAGACUUCAAUAUUAAUUUGUUGUCGUGUUUAAAAGAAAGAUAAGCACCUCACUAUUGACUUUUUCUCUCUGUUCGAUCUUUGAUGUUACUUAAAGAUUUUUUAUACUGCUUGUACAUAACAUCGAAUUGAUCAAAUUUUACUAAUUUUAGCAAAUUAGUCUGAUGUGAAGCAGAAAUUUCUCAAUUUUGUAUAUAUUUAUCAAAAAAACUAAAUUGUCUGGAAAAUGUGAGUAGCUCAGAGAAAAUUAAAAAAAAAUAAUAGUAAUAAUCAAGUCAUCAUUCUGCUGAAGAAAAACUGAUACCGUGGCACUAAAUAUAAUAAAUUGAUAACUUGACUCUCCCUGUGAACAUUGUACGAUAAUUGAUUUACCUCAUCUCUUUUUGCAGAUGUGUAAAUAUGAACGUUGUUUUGAUGUAGAGAUUUAUAUUAAGUUUUGUGAGAGGUGAGAAGAAUGACCACCUAAUAUUAUUCUUAAUAAAAGUGAUGAAUAUAUAUAUAUUAUAUUAUGCUGGAUUAUUAAACAUGAAGGAGUUUCAUUACAAA